UGCGUUUCUGAAGACCCAACCCAACCCAACAGGAAGACAACAGAUUUUUGUUGGGAUGCAGAUUUGCGGCUGUCGGCGUUGAUUUGCAGCUCACGUUAUUUUUAUACCUAAUAAUAAAAUGCCAUUAUUUGAUGGGCUGGGCAGCGGAGGAGAGAAGACUGCUAUCGUCAUUGAUUUAGGAGCAGCAUACACAAAAUGUGGCUUUGCAGGGGAAACGGGGCCCAGGUUCAUAAUUCCGAGCGAGAUCCGGAAACCAGGACAGCAACAGGCUGUCAAGGUGGUUCAGUACAACAUCAACACAGAAGAGCUUUAUGUCAUACUCAAAGAGUUUAUCCACAUACUGUAUUUCAGACACCUGCUGGUGAACCCUCGCGACAGAAGAGUCGUCAUCAUCGAGUCCAUCCUCUGCCCUUCUCACUUCAGAGAGACUCUCACCAAGGUUUUCUUCAAACAGUUUGAGGUGCCCUCUGUGCUGUUUGCCCCGAGUCACCUUAUGGCCAUCAUGACUUUGGGUAUCAACUCUGGCCUGGUGAUGGACUGUGGCCACACAGAGACACUGGUGCUGCCUGUGUAUGAGUGCACUCCCAUUCUGCCAGCCUGGGAGGCUCUGCCUUUGGGAGGGAAAGCCAUUCAUAAAGAAUUAGACGGCCUUCUCGUGGAGCUGUGCACGGUGGACACAGACACCACCACUGGGCAGAGUGUACCAGCCAUCAUCGGGACCAUCCAGGAGGAGACUGUGGAGGAUAUCAAAGUGAGAACAUGUUUCGUCAGUGACUUGCAGAGAGGACUCAAUAUCCAACAAGCCAAAUUUAACCUGGAUGGAACAGCAGAGCGUCCAGCUCCUCCUCCAGAUGUUGAUUAUCCUCUGGAUGGGGAGAAGAUCCUGCACAUUAAAGGAUCAAUCAGGGACUCUGUGAUGGAGAUCUUGUUUGAACAGGACAACGAGGAGAAGAGUGUGGCCUCAUUGAUACUUGACGCUCUGGUCAAGUGCCCCAUCGACACCCGUAAAGUGCUCUCUGAGAACCUGGUGGUGAUCGGAGGCACGGCCAUGCUGCCGGGCUUCCUGCACCGUCUGCUGGCAGAAAUACGCCUUCUGGUGGAAAAACCCAAGUACUGCAACGUGCUGGCCAGCAAGAGCUUCCGAAUACACGCCCCGCCUGCUAAGCCCAACUGCACCGCCUGGCUCGGAGGUGCGAUCUUCGGGGCCCUUCAGGACGUCCUGGGGAGCAGGUCGGUGUCACGGGACUACUACAACCAAACAGGUCGCAUCCCAGACUGGUGCUGCCUGAGCUCCCCUCCACCUGAGUCUCUGUAUGAAGCAGGAAAGACCCCUCCUCCACUAAUGAAGAGAGCCUUCUCAACAGAGAAGUAGAACAUGCUGCAAAAUAACUGUACAAAUGUACUCUCCCUCUGCCUGAUAGAUCUUUAAAUGUAACAUCCCAACAAAUAUCUUGUCAGUUUGUUAAAUACACAAACAGCUCUAAAUGUUUGUAAUGUCCAGUAGUCACACCUAAGUUUUUGUGUGCAGAGAUUGUGGACUGGUUGAUGGUCAGGCGAGCAGGUUUUUGACAGAACCCAAUGGGGUUUAGGCGAUUACAAGAAGUAUCAUGUGUUCUGUUGAAGUCUGUUUGAACAAGCCAGUGAAGAUGUAUGUAUUUACUCUUAAUCUCACUGAAGUUUGUUCUGGUUUUUGUUGAAAAACAUAAUACAACAGAAAUGUUUUAAAACCCUACAACCAGUUUCCAUGUUUGAAGUUGUUGCUAAACACUUGAAAAACAUUCCAGUGUCAUGGUCAAAUGCGGAAAUCUCACUCUGAAGAUAAAACCUGUUUGAUUUAUUUAUUUGAACUUGGCAGUGUAAAGUCAUUUAAACACAGUAGAGGCCCUGCACCACUCUCACAAAGACAGUUAAAGGAAGGUACAUUGAAAGUGUACAUUUUCCUGCUCCAGCAGAUGCAUCAGAGCAAACAAGGGGCUCCGGGUGCUGUCGGUCCAGAGAAACUGGUUUAACCCAGAUAAAUAAUUAAAGCACUUGUGUUCAUGUUGAUCAUUGUUGUGAACAAACUGUAAAACAUCUUUCAAACAAUGUCAUGUUGCUCUGUUUACCCUCAAAUACAGCUGUUGCAACGAAUAAAUAUUCAGAAUUUAA